GUCGUUUGGUAAAAUCUGCUUUGAAAACGGUUCAAUUACCAGACUGUCUCUCAAAACGCUUCAGUCUCCAAGGAACCUAAAAAAGCUUUCUUUUUGUGGAAAUUUUCUUAGAGAAAUUUGGGAUUCGAUUCUUAGGGUUUUCACCAAGCGUUCGUUCGCGACGAGCUCUCAAUUUUGAGGUUAUUGAUUUCUUCUUCUGAUCGAAUUUUCCAAAUCAACUUGUGUUUGUGGUUUUCUUUCUCAGCUCAGGGUUUCUGAAUUUCCCGUUUUCGAUCUCUUGAUACGAUCGAUCUUUCGAAUUGAAUUCAUUUAUCAAUUUUCGUUGCAGUCUCGUCGUCGGCGCAAUCAUCAUACACUUUGGGGAUCGCUUGUAAUGAGACGAAUUUCAAAGUUUGGUAUCUUUUACUUGCCUGAAUUGACCAAUUCCACUUUUACAUAGAGGGGUCUAAGGUUUGUUUAGGGUUCUCUGUUGCUUUAGGAGGUGGAUAUUUGUGUACUAGAGUGUUUUUUUUAGAUUCUAGGAACAUGUCUGGUGGAACUCCGGUUGGUGGUGGUGGGUACAUUAGGCAAAGACAUAGCCAAGGUUAUGCAUCUGGUGGUGAUGAUCUUGAGGAUGAUGCUUGCUCUAGGCCACAGCCUUUUUCUUUAGAGAAUCCUAGAAGUAAAACGUGGGUUGAGAUUUUGGAGAAUGUGCUUUGGAUUGCAUCUGCUGUGUUCAUUGUCUACUUUGGAGACAGGCACUCUAAUAUGAUACAUAUCCUCUUACACGAUGCUCGGAUCAAAAGGAUGCCUUUGUAUUUCGGGAUGUUGGGAAUAGCUGUGAACAUUAUAAUCAUAAUCUACGAAAGCAUGUUAUCGUGGAGCAUGAGAAGGUUUGAUGAGAAAUGGGAACUGUGGAGUAUCUCAGCUCUGCCUUUCAUCACCCUGCUCGGCCUCAUUUCAUUUGGCCUGCUCUCCUUUGCUCUGUGGCCUAUAUGGGGCUUCUUGACUCUCCCCCUUCUGUUCACAUUGUUCAUGGCUUGCCUUGUUGUGUUCCCGCAUCUCAUGAUCAUCAAAUUCAGGCCUCAAAAUGACGAACUCCGCAUAGAUUGAUAUGUAGAGAACGGAGAUAGUUAUUUGGGAAAGUGAAACCCUUUUGUUCUUUAGAAGUGAAUAAAUCUGAAAACUGAAG